AUGUCGUACGAAACUAACUUGUUCAUCAAGGGGAAAUAUGUUCCUUCGUCGACGAAGGAGACAUUGACCAUUUACAGCCCCAACGAUGAUUCGAUUGUUACGGAUAAGAUUCAAGUCGCUAGCGAGGCUGACGUAAACGCUGCAGUCAAGGCCGCAGAGGUUGCAUUUCCGGGAUGGAAGGCGACCCCUACCCUUCAACGAGCGGCGAUUAUGAACAAGUUUGCAGACCUCCUCGAGUCAAACGUGGAGCAAUUGGCAACUCUUGAAGGCCGUGCAAUGGGGCAACCGAUCAGUAUUGCGCGUGCGAACAUUGGUCUCGCCAUCAGUCUCUGGCGUUACUAUGCUGGCGCAGCUACCAAGACUGGAGGAGAAUGUAUCCCACCAGAUGGUGACAAUCUGUACAAGCUCGUUCAGUAUGAGCCUCUGGGCGUCUGUGCCGGAAUCUGUGCCUGGAAUGGCUCUCAUUUGCAAACUUCGUGGAAGGCAGCUCCAGCGGUAGCUGCUGGAAACACAUUCGUUCUGAAAUCAAGCGAGAAAACUCCUAUCGCGCUCUGCCAAUAUGGGAACCUUAUCAACGAGGCCGGUUUCCCACCAGGUGUGUUCAACAUUGUGGCCGGGGCUGGUCAGGUUGGCGGACUUCUCGCAAGCCAUAUGGAUAUUGCCAAAAUUGCUUUCACCGGGUCUGUUAACACAGGUCGCGCUGUCCAGCUCGCAGCAGCAAAAUCAAACCUCAAGCGAGUCACGCUUGAGCUUGGGGGAAAGUCUCCUGCUAUAAUCUUCAAGGAUGCCAACUUGACCAACGCAGUCUUUCACAGCAGUACUACCUUUCUUCGAAAUUCUGGCCAAGUCUGCGUUGCAGCAUCUCGUGUACUCGUCCAAGAGGACAUCGCCUCGCAGUUCAUCAAAGCUCUUAAGGUGGCAUUCGUGGAAGCAGCCACUAAGAUGGGUGACCCAUCAUCCGUGGAGACGGUCUUUGGCCCCUUGGCUGAUAAGAAGCACUUUGACCAUGUGAUGAGUUUCGUGGAGAACAGCAAGGCCGAAGGUAUCGAGGUUCUGGCUGGUGGUGAGAGAAUCGGCAACAAGGGCACAUUCCUGCAACCCACCGUUUUAUUGAACCCCGACCUUAAGAGCAAAGUCUAUACCGAUGAGAUCUUUGGGCCUGUUCUGUGUGUACGAACAUUCAAAGACGAGGAAGAGGCGAUCAGCUUGGCCAAUGACACUCGGUUUGGACUAGGAUCAACAAUUUACACUUCCGAUAUCCCACGAGCACUUCGUGUUGCUGGUCGCAUUGCAGCUGGUACUAUUGGUAUCAACACUGGCUUUGUUCCUAACAAGUCCACGCCCUUCGGCGGUUGGAAGGAGAGUGGUAUCGGGCGUGAAGGAGGCACUGAAGGACUGAAGGAAUAUCUGCAGUCGAAGACCAUUCAUAUUAACAUGGCCUUACACAAGUAA